AAUUCAUAAUGGGUCAACCAAACAGUGACGCCGGUGGUGGAGAAGGGAUCAGAAGAAAAUCUUGUGGUUGUUCGAAGCAAGAUUUUCUACCAGAGGAGUCGUUUAAGAGUUGGGGAAAUUACACCAAAGCGUUGAAGGCGACGCCGGCCCGGCUCUUGGAUCGGCUCACGGCCAGGUCCGGGGAGCACAUUGAGCUCGUCGAGAUGAAGGCUCGCAACCAGCACGAGAUGAAGAAGAGCCUCACAUGGUGGGACCUUAUGUGGUUCGGUAUCGGCGCUGUCAUCGGCACCGGAAUAUUCGUCCUCACCGGUCUUGAGACUAAGAAACACGCCGGCCCAGCUGUCGUCUUGUCUCAUGUUGCCUCCGACGUCUUCGCCAUGCUUUCAGUCUUCUGUUACACUGAAUUUGCCGUGGAGAUCCCAACAGCUGUGGAUCAUUCGCCUACCUAAGGGUAGAACUAGGAGACUUCGUGGCAUUCAUCGCAGCGGGCAACAUCCUCCUAGAAUAUAUAAUUGGCAGCGCUGUUGUGGCCCGUUCAUGAACUUCAUACUUUGCCAUUUUGUGCAAUCACCAACCGAAUGAUUUUCGCAUCCACGUUUCGUCUUUUCCCGAUUCCUACAACCAGCACGACCCCAUCGCCAUCAUUGUGAUCAUCGUCAUUUGCACCUUGGUUGUGGU